AUGAUCGAAUAUUUACCUGAAAAUUAUAUUAUAUGGCCAUGGGAUAUUACAGAUGAAUCCAAUAAACAUAUGUUGAUCGAAAUCUGGAAAGAAAUGUUUUCCAAUCGUUUUCCUGUUGAUUUAACGAUGAAAGAAUGUCCUAUGCUUAUUGGUGUUAUGAGAAGAUCUUCAGAAGAAAAAGAUUCAUGUUUAGCAUCUUCAUAUGAAUUUAAAAUAUUACUCAAAGGUGAUAUUUUGAUGCAAACUCAUCGAAAAUUAAAUCUUGAAACACUAUCAGAUAUAUUGUUUACAUUUAAAGAAGAAUUUGAUGAGAAUGAACAAUAUCUCUCAUUUAAUUUCAUUAAAAAGACUAGUCUUUGUUGGGAUAUCAUUCUUGAAAUAACUAAAUAUUUAUCAUUAAAUGAUGCUGUUACUAUAUUUUCUAUUGAUAUUCUUCAUUUAUUACGAAAAUAUAAAGUAAGAUUACCUAUUGUUGAACCUUCUGACAGAUUUAUGAAGACAAUGAUUAAAAACAUUGAUAAUGAACAAAUUGUUUCUUUACAUCUCAAAGAAAAUCAACUUAGAUCAACAAUAGAAUUAGCUUCUGCAUCUAUUUUUACUAAUAUAAUAUCUGUUACUCUUAUCAAUCUUCAACAUGUAAAUCAAAUCAAUGAAUUUCAAACAUGUUUUCCUAAUUUAAUAUGUCUUUCUCUUUAUUAUAACAAUGAGAUUGACUUUCAUCGUUUAUGUAAGAUUUUCAAUCAUAUUCAAAAUCCAAUUAAACGUUUUGAAAUUCAUUGUGAUUACAUACUAUGUUCUCAUCGUCAUACAUCUCAUUUUUUCAGCAAAAUUAACAACCUAAAAUUUACUAUUGAAUAUUUUCUGCUUGAUAUGACUCAUGGUUCUAUGACAUGGAUAAAUAAUUGUUCACAAUAUCAUAAAACAUGUG